AUGGCCUCUUCUCCCCCGCCCCCCGCCGCGCCCCCGUCCUCGCCCUCGGCCGUCCGCUACACCUGCGAGGUCGCCUUCCACCGCGCGUCCAACGUCCUGAUCAGCGACCUCGGCUCGCUCUCCGCCGACCCGUACAUCGUCGCCACCCUCUCGCCCCUCGCCCCUGCCGAGGCGGUCCAGUCCGUCCACUACCGCACCCCCACCGCCCACCGCACGCGCGACCCCGUCUUCGACGGCGCGCGCUGGGUCGUGGCGGGGGUGCCCGCCUCGGGCUUCGUCCUCGCGAUGGACCUCUUCGACGAGGACCGCGGGUCCCGGGACGACAGGCUCGGCCGCGCCGUCGUGCGCUUCCCCCCGCCGACGCGCGGCGUGCAGGAAGCGGGUGAGGGCGCGACGGGCGCGGCGCUGCGGGAGGGGUGGAACUCGGGCGAGCGGGAGGUCAAGGUGCGGAAGCGGCACGGGGACCUGCGCGCGCGGGUCAAGCACCACACGCGCGUCGUCGUCAGCGUGCGCGUCCUCGGGCGGUCGCCGCAGGUCGGCGGAGAGGAGGGGAGAAGGUGUACACACUUGGGCCGCAGUUCGUGGCCAGAUGUGUUCUCGAGACACUUCUCGCCGCUCGCGGCGCGCCUCGCGUCCGUGCAGACGUUCAAGGCGACCGAGGUCCAGCUGCAGGACCGGCCGUUCGUGAAGGCCAUGUUCCGCGCCCGCGGCAUCCAAGGCGUCAUCCUCAACUACGCCCUGCACAAACAGCAUCGCGCGAUCUACAACUGGGACAAGAACACCAUCCGGGGUAUUGCGGGCGACACGCCAGCGACGGCCAGGGACGGCGACGCCGCGAACGGGGAGACAGACGGGCAGGGGAAGGCCGACGAAGCGUUCGUGCGCAAGUUCUUGCAGAUGGCGGAGUACGGGCGGGAGGGAAGAGUGUUCACGUACGUAAUCACGCUGGACGGGCAGUGGAGGUUCACGGAAACGGGCGAGGAGUUCGCGAUCCAGUUCCUCAGCAAGCACACCAUGCACUCCGACGUGGCGAUCGAGAUCGCGUACAGCGGCGAGUUCUUCGUCCGCCGCGCCCAGCACGGGCACGAGAGACACGACGACACUGCGGCACUGCAGAACGGCGACUCACCGGCACCCGCGAACGACUCCCCGCCCGGCCCCUGCAACGGUAACGCGCAACCGCCCAAGCCCAGCGAAGGCACCACUGAUCCGGAUCACGACGAGCACCGCGACGGAGACGGCGCUGGUGAAGAAGAGUGCAAAGACGAAGACGAAGACGAGCUCUCGCUGCUUCCGCCGUCGGCGUUCGAGCUCGUGAUCGACAACGACUCCGGCACGUACCGGCCGCAGAAGGAGCUCCUCCCCGUGCUCGAGGCGUUCCUCGCGCGCCCGGAGAACCUCGGAGCUCUGGGCCGCGUGCGCGCGAUGGACGGCUUCGACGAAAGGCUGAAGAGGUGGAAGGAGGAGCGGCACGAGGAGAGGCGGAGGGUGCGCGGCGGAGGCGGCGGCGGUCAGGGCGCGAGGGCGGGCGUCGUCCGGCAGGCGAGCAGGCUGCGAACGUGGCGCGCGGGAGGCGGAGGCGGAGCGGAAGCGGUUGGAGACGAGGCUGGAGCGCGGGAGCAGCAGGCGAAGGUGGUCGCGGAGGACGCGCGGAGAGCGAGGGAUAAUGAGGACGAGGACGAGGUCGCGAAGGAGGAGGAGCUGGACGAAGGCGUGGGUAUGGGACGCGGUGGCUCGGGCAGUUUUAAAGGAGCGUCCCAGCCUGCAGGGCGGUGA